AUGGUCCUCAACUUCCUCUCACGCCUCACCCGCCCCUUUACAUCAACAACAAGCAUGUCCGUCGCACCCCCCGCCCCCGCCGCUGCCCUCCCCGAAGGCGCCCAAAAAGCCACCAUCGCAGCAGGCUGCUUCUGGGGCGUAGAACACCUCUACCGCAAACACUUCGCCUCAAAGGGCCUCAUCGACGCCCGCGUGGGCUACAUUGGCGGCGACCUCUCCAACCCGACCUACCGCGCCGUCUGCGGCGGCGACACGGGCCACGCCGAAGCCCUCCAGGUCGUCUUCCGCCCCGAGGACGUGAGCUACCGCCAGCUCCUCGAGUUCUUUUACCGCAUGCACGAUCCCACCACCGCCAACCGCCAGGGACCGGACACGGGCCCGCAGUACCGCAGCGCGAUUUUCUAUCACAACGAAGAGCAGGAAAAGGUGGCCAAGGAGGUGACGCGGUUGGCCAACGAGCAGUGGUACAAGGGCAAGAUUGCUACGCAGGUUGCGCCGGCGGGCCAGUGGUGGGAUGCGGAGCAGUAUCACCAGUUAUACCUUGACAAGAACCCGAGCGGCUACGAGUGCCCCAGUCACUUUUUGAGGACGUUUCCGCCUUUGGAGGGAUGA